AGCCUAUUGUACAAGGGAGGAGGUGGAGCAAGAAUGGCAGCAUCUCGCCAGCUUGGCUCUCUGCAUCAAGGAAAGAUGUCAGGAUUUCUUAGUUUGCUGCUGCCCAGGCAGGAAUGAUUUUUGUGUGGGUUUGUUUGAGGGCUGCAUUCCUAGUGAAGUAUUCCAUCAGAUUGCUAUUAUUCGUCUUGAUGAAGGCUUGAGGAACUUCAGAAGGAGAGAAACAAACAGAUCACCCGCUUUUGAUUUAUAGAUGACAUGAAGAGAAUAAACUGCUAAUAAUUCAGCUUAGAGAACUAUCAACACAGGACAAUGCAAGCCCACGAGUUGUUCCGGUAUUUUCGAAUGCCAGAGCUGGUUGACUUCCGACAAUACGUGCGCACCCUCCCAACCAACACACUCAUGGGCUUCGGAGCUUUUGCCGCCCUCACCACUUUCUGGUACGCCACGAGACCCAAAGCCCUGAAGCCACCAUGUGACCUCUCCAUGCAGUCAGUGGAAGUGGCGGGUAGUGAUGGUGCUCGAAGAUCCACACUACUUGAUGGUGAUGAGCCCUUGGUGUAUUUCUAUGAUGAUGUCAGAACAUUAUACGAAGGUUUCCAGAGGGGUAUACAGGUGUCAAAUAAUGGCCCUUGUUUAGGCUCUCGGAAACCAGACCAACCCUAUGAGUGGCUUUCAUACAAACAGGUUGCAGAGCUGUCCGAGUGCAUAGGCUCAGCGCUGAUCCAGAAGGGCUUCAAGGCUGCCCCGGAUCAGUUCAUUGGCAUCUUUGCUCAAAAUAGACCUGAGUGGGUGAUUAUUGAACAGGGAUGCUUUGCUUAUUCAAUGGUGGUCGUUCCACUGUAUGAUACUCUAGGGACCGAAGCUAUCACGUACAUAGUCAACAAAGCUGAGCUCUCUCUGAUUUUUGUUGACAAGCCAGAGAAGGCCAAACUCUUAUUAGAGGGUGUAGAAAAUAAGUUAACACCAGGCCUUAAAGUCAUAGUUCUCAUGGAUGCCUACGGCAGUGAGCUGGUGGAACGAGGCAAGAAGACUGGGGUGGAGAUCAUCAGCAUGAAGGCGUUGGAGGAUCUGGGAAGAGCCAACAGGCGGAAGCCCAAGCCUCCAGCACCUGAAGAUCUUGCGGUAGUUUGUUUCACAAGUGGAACUACAGGCAACCCAAAAGGAGCACUGAUCACUCAUCAAAAUGUAGUGAGUGAUUGUUCGGCUUUCGUGAAAAUGACAGAGAACACAGUCAGUCCUUCCCCAGACGAUACUUUGAUAUCUUUCUUGCCUCUCGCCCAUAUGUUUGAGAGAGUUGUAGAGAAAGUGAUUGUCUUGAAUGCCAGUGACAUACACAUUUCGUUUUUGCCACUUGCACACAUGUAUGAGCAACUCCUGCAGUGUGUAAUGCUGUGUCAUGGAGCUAAAAUAGGAUUUUUCCAAGGAGACAUCAGGCUGCUUAUGGAUGAUCUCAAGGUGUUGCAGCCCACUAUCUUUCCUGUGGUUCCGAGACUGCUGAACCGGAUGUUUGACCGAAUUUUUGGUCAAGCAAACACCACGCUGAAACGAUGGCUCUUGGACUUUGCCUCCAAGAGGAAAGAAGCAGAACUUCGCAGUGGCAUCAUUCGAAACAACAGCCUGUGGGACAAGCUGAUCUUCCACAAGAUACAGUCGAGCCUAGGCGGAAGGGUCCGGUUGAUGGUCACAGGAGCUGCACCCGUGUCUGCCACUGUGCUGACAUUCCUGAGAGCGGCCCUUGGCUGUCAGUUUUAUGAAGGUUAUGGACAGACUGAGUGCACUGCUGGGUGCUGCCUGACUGUGCCUGGAGACUGGACAGCAGGCCAUGUUGGUGCCCCAAUGCCUUGCAAUUUUAUAAAACUUGUCGAUGUGGAAGAAAUGAAUUACAUGGCAGCCAAGGGCGAAGGUGAGGUGUGUGUAAAAGGGCCAAAUGUAUUCCAGGGCUACUUGAAAGACCCAGCAAAAACAGCAGAAGCUUUGGAUAAAGAUGGCUGGUUACACACAGGGGACAUUGGGAAAUGGUUACCAAAUGGCACCUUGAAGAUCAUCGACAGGAAAAAGCACAUAUUUAAACUGGCACAAGGAGAAUACAUAGCACCCGAAAAGAUUGAAAACAUAUACCUGCGAAGUGAACCUGUUGCUCAGGUGUUUGUGCACGGAGAAAGCUUGCAGGCAUUUCUCAUAGCAAUUGUGGUACCAGACAUUGAGACAUUAGGCUCCUGGGCCCGAAAGAGAGGAUUUGAUGGAUCCUUUGAGGAAUUGUGCAGAAAUAAGGAUGUCAAGAAAGCGAUCCUAGAAGACAUGGUGAGGCUUGGGAAGGAUUCUGGUCUAAAACCAUUCGAGCAGGUCAAGGGCAUCACACUACACCCUGAAUUAUUUUCUAUCGACAAUGGCCUUUUGACUCCAACAAUGAAGGCAAAAAGGCCAGAACUACGGAACUAUUUCAGGUCGCAGAUAGAUGAACUUUAUUCCACCAUCAAGGUUUAACGGGAGGAAGAAAGCUUGGAAGAAAUGGCACCCCUCCACAGUCUCUUCCACUGAUGGCCUUCAUGUUGAGUACAGCAAGUGCAGGGGAGGAAGCAUUCGCGUUGGACUUGUUCGUUGGGGUCUUGUCAUAGGAAUAUUAGAGGAAACGGAACACUGCCUUACAGUCACCUUGUGUUGCAGACCAUGUUUAUGGUGAUCAACAAUUUCCAAAUGAGCCUUAAAAAUUGUAAAGGGGAAACUUCUAAAUGUCCUAAGUUAUUUGAGACUUCCUCAGUUAAAAAGGCGGGUUUUAAAGCUUUUGUCUCCCUGUUUUUCUAACCAAGGGGUUAGGACUUUGCUAUUUCUGAGAUGUCUGCUAGUUGCUGCAAAUUCUGCAGCCGUCUGCUGCUCUAAAGAGUACAGUGCACUGGAGGGAAGCUGCCCCUUGAAAAACAAGAAUUGUCCUGGCUGGAGAAUGUCACACACAGACCAGAGAUUUUCUUAAUCCCCGUCACCAUCCCUUCCCUAUCUUACAGGCACUCACAUGACCCUUCCGAGCCAUAAGGAUUAUGAGAUUCAUGCUCUUCUUCACAGUCCCGGGCGGGUCCUGCUGGAGCGUGACGUUUCCGGUAAACUGAGGGGCAGAUCCAACUCAGAACAGUGCAGGUGCGGAGUCCUUGGCGAUUGGUGGCUCAUCAGAGCGAUGGGUUCUCACCCUGGCACAAGGCUCCUGGACUCUGCUCUCCAGGCCUGAUUCCCUCCCUCCAUCCCUUCCCGGGGGUUAUGAAAAAAAUCUGCCUUAGAGUCUACAGUGGAGACAGGCAUUUCAAGAAAGAAGGAACGAUCUGGGUCAGCCACACUUAACUGUGAUGCCUGAAUGACUGUCCACUUUAUCUACUGACCCACUCACUUUGUGUGUAAUGGCCAACCGGUCUGUAACGUGGUUUUCAUAUCAAAAGAUCAUGUUGUGGUUAACUGACUUUCUUCCCCCCAAAUAAACUCUCAGGCAAUGCAUGUCUUUAAAAAUAUUGAGGGAGUAGAUGUACUUAUUGAAAUGGACAGUAAUAAACGGAUGUUCUUAUACUGCUACCUGAUUUCUAUGAAAUGUAUUUGACAAGCCAAAAUUCUAAGAUGUAGAAAUCUGAAAAGAUCAUUUCCCGGGAUUAACUUCUCAAGGGAUGUUUUUUAAGUUGAUUUGGGAAAUUAACAGCAUUUCACUUUAUUGCAAGUCUUUGCCACAUUUGACUGAAUUGAGCUGUCAUUUAUACAUUUGAAGCAACUGUUUUUGGGUAUGUAAGAGUAAAUGUAUUAUACAAGCACAACAGGGUUUGCACUAAAGAAUUGUCAUUGUAAUAACACUAUUUGGUAGCUUAACUUCAUAUAUGUAUUCUUAAUUGCACAAAAAGUCAAUAAUUUGUCACAUUGGAGUUUUGAAUGUUUGCUUUAAGUGUUGGCUAUUUCUAUGUUUUAUAAACCAAAACAGAAUUUCCAAAAACAAUGAAGGAAACCAAAAUAAAUAUUUCUGCAUUUCAAGUGA